GUGUCCGGCCGGGGCCGCGCACGUGCGCGGCGGGGCGGGACUUCCUGAGCCCGCGGGACGCCGGGAAGAGGCCCCGAGCGGCACGCCGCCGGGCUCCGGGUUUUGCCGUGGACCGUGUAGGGACUCUGGGACCGCAGUCCUUCGCUGAACCCCAGGGGCAGAGAGGCGGGUGCGGCUGGUGCUGCCUGGGGCCUGGUGCUCCCUGCGGCCUGUUUCCCACCUACGGCUCCGAGGAGCGGAGGGCAGUCACUUGAGCACUCUGGACUUAACCGCAGUCUUUCUGGGCCUCUGGUUCCUUAUCUGUAAAGUGGGUUUAGUCCUCCCUACCCGUCGCUGGGUGUUGGAGGAUCUAACGAUGUCGUUUCGGGGAAAGCGCUCUUAAAGCGUUUCCCCACUGUAUGAUGGUAUUACCGUUAUUAGGCAGUAGGGCGUGGUAGUUCGCAGCUUGGCUCGGGAGCCGGAUCGCCUGGGUUUGAAUCCUGGUCUUUGCAGGAGCUGGGCGGGAGGGGCUGUCGUUAUUUAACCGGUCUGUGCCUCGGCUCAUUUUCAAAUGGGUAUAAAAUAGUAUCUGCCUCAGGGCUGUUUCGAGGAAUGAAAGAGUUAACGUUAUAGGUAAAGCAUUUGGAACAGUGCCUGAUACAGUAAAUAAACACUCACAUGAUGGUUAUUAGUAUUAAAUACUUAUGACCUAUCCAGUUAUCACAUCCUCCUCCUCAUCCGUCCAUCCUACGAAGCUGACAGACCUUUGCAUUGCAGCUGUAAUUAAAGAAUGCUGUCUUGUCACACUGUCACUGAAGAGUCAAACCUUAGAUGCAGAAACAGACGUGUUAUGUGCUGUCCUCUACAGCAAUCACAACAGAAUGGGCCGCCACAAGCCCCACCUGGCCCUCAAACAGGUUGAACAAUGCUUAAAACGUUUGAAGAGUAUGAAUUUGGAAGAUUCAAUUCAAGAUGUGUCUGAGUUGCUUUCUCCCAGUGAAAAUCAGCCUGUAACUACCAAGGCAUGUGUCAUCCCCAGCCAACCAGUGGUGGAAUUGGUGUUGAUGAAGAUUUUGGGAGCCUGCAAGUUGUUACUUCGCUUGUUGGACUGCUGCUGCAAGACAUUUCUCUUGACUGUGAAACACCUAGGUUUGCAAGAAUUCAUUAUUUUAAACCUUGUGAUGGUUGGGAUAGUGAGCAGGUUAUGGGUUCUGUAUAAAGGCGUUUUAAAAAGGCUGGUUUCUUUAUAUGAGCCGUUGUUUGCAUUGCUUCAGGAGGUCUCUAGGAUUCAACCAUUGCCUUACUUCAAAGAUUUCACCUUUCCUUCUGAUAUUGCUGAAUUUUUAGGACAGCCCUAUUUUGAAGUCUUUAAGAAAGAAAUGCCUACAGCUUUUGCAGCUAAAGGAGUAACUAAAUUGCUAAAUAAACUGUUUUUAACAAAAGAGCAAUCACCGAGGUCCAGUGAAGAAACUUUACUUAGAAUUUCCAAAAAGGCUCAACAAAUGAAGAUCAAUAUACAGAACAGUGUGGAUCUUGGGCAGCCAGUAAAGAAUAAGAAAAUCUUCAAAGAAAAGUCAUCAGAAUUUGAUGUGAGGGCCUUCUGCAAACAGCUGAAACAUAGGGCUGUUCAGGAAACCAGCUCUGAGUUCAGAUUUUCUAAAUCCAAACUGAAGGCAAGCAAACAUUCUUCUCAGAAAGGGACAGGAACUCCUUGUGCCAAAAGCUUUGUGCAAAGAUUCCGAGAAGCUGAGACUUUUAUACAACUUUCUAAAGAAAUCCAAAAGGCGAUUCUGUGGAGCAGGAGCAGAAAACUCAAGGCUCAGGCCACCUUUCUGGGUAACAAACUUCUUAAAAGUAACCGGCUUAAACACGUGGAAGCUCAAGGCUAUAGUUUGCCAAAGAAAUUAGAGUGCAUAAAAACAUCCAUUUGCAACUGCCUUCUUCGUGGCUCAGGUAUCAAAACUUCAAAGCAUCAUCUGAGACAAAGAAGAUCACAGAAUAAAUUUUUACUGAGACAGAGGAAACCGCAGCGAAAGUUGCAGUCGACUCUUUUAAAGGAAAUUCAGCCGUCCCCUCCAGAGACAAGGAGUGCUAUGGAUAUCAGUAAACGGGGACCCUCUCACUGUACAGUUCAUAGAACUGACUUCUCCCCUAACAGUAAGCACCUCCUCAGCGGCAGAGUUUCACGUCCUGUCCUACCGACUAAGGAGAAACAAAUUCAUGGAAAUCUUACAGGAAGCGAUGAAAAUGAAGCUGAUUCACGGACAGUGAUACAAAUCAAUAAACAUAAUACAUCAGGAACCAUGAAGAAGACAGAUGACAUUGAUGAUAUUUUUGCUUUAAUGGGAGUUUAGAUGCUGAUAUGUGAGACUUUUAAGUGAUUAACAGACUGGUCCGGUGUCCUGCUGUAAGUGGAACUGCUGAGAUCUGGAAAGGUCUGGAAGUACCACUUGGACUCAGAGAGGAGCAGCUUUAGUGCAACUCUGUACAGCAGAAAAUUCGUUUCAGUUCAAUAAACAUUUAUAGUAGCUU